AUGGCCUCUUACCGGUCCGCAAGGUGUCAGUUUAUCAACUCAGCUGAAGAAGACAUGCGGGAUCAGAAAGAACGGGCAGGUCCGGAAGCAGCAAAAGAGAACUGGGCAGGAACACGCUGGGGACGUGUAGGAGGUGUGCAGCCAGGAGCCGGACUGGGACCAGCUGGAGCCAAAGCAGGGAAAUAUCCUGGCUAUGGAGGCCCAGGAGGUCUCCCCACAGGACUGGGAGCCCAGAAUGGAUUUGGGGCUGGACCAAGCUUUAUGGGCAGACCAGGCUAUGGUGUCCCAGCUGGUUAUGGACCAGGAUUAGGUGCUUAUCCACAGGUUGGGAAGCAGAAGCCAGGUUACCGAGGAGCUGGCUACCCCCGCGUUGGCCUCCCCUUAGGAGGUCUUGGAGCCCGAGGCAAGCCUUCCAAAACAGGUUACGGGGCAGGGCCCGGCGCCUACCCGGGAGCCGGUGUGCAGCAGGCCUAUCCAGGUGGAGUUGGAGCUGGCGGCUACCUGGGCAACGGACUCCAGAACGGCUAUGGCAAUGGCUUCGGAGCUGGAGGCAACGGGUUUCCGAGUGCUGGGCUUCAGCCGGGAGGAUAUGGGAAUGGUGCCCAAGCUCCAUAUGGUGGUCAAUUAGGAGGACCCGCUGGAGACCCCUCCAUUGCCAAAUAUGGAGGGGCAGGACAGGUCUCAUACAAUGGACAGCCACAGCAGCCAGAGACGACCGGCCUGGCAGGAGACUACGGGAACGGGAGAUAUGGAGAAGGGGAGGGAGAGCGAAAAGCAGAUGAAAGGGAUGCAGCGCUUGGGGGGAGGAGGAGAACCUUGCAGCUGCUCUGUGCCCCCUCCCGGCCCCCUGCCCAGUUCACGUACAAGUAUCUGUACUUUUCCCACCCCACCCUCGAAGGGGGCAUGCAGCAGCUCACGGAAAUAAUGAGUGGGCUUGGAUAA